GGGAUGGCAUAAUUUUUGUUUAGUUUCUUAAAUUUUAGAAAGUGGACAUAAAGAAAGCAACAUGGACGAGGUUGUGGCUGCAGCCGUGGCAGGUGGAGGGUAUGCAAUUGAAUCACCAAAAUACACUGUAAUCCAUUCAGAAUCUGAUUUUGAGAUCAGACUCUACGCAGAAUCCUCCUGGAUGUCUGCUCUUGUCCGCGGAACUUCCUUUCAAGAAUCCACCAAGGAUGGCUUUCACAGGUUGUAUCGAUACAUUCAUGGAGCUAACGUUAACAAUACUGAAUUUCCCAUGACUUCUCCUGUCUUAACAAGCAUCAGUCAAUCUUCCAGUGAGUCUGUGUAUGUUGUAAGGUAUUUUCUCUCUUCUGAACACGAGAACAGCCCUCCAGAGCCAUAUCCUGAAUUGGAUUUGGAGCUUGACAAAUGGAAGAGUCAGUGCAUGGCAGUCAGGAAGUUUUCUGGGUUUGCUAAGGAUGACAACAUUGAGGAAGAAAAGGAUUCUCUGGUUUCUAGCCUCAAAAAACAUUCAACAGAGGAAAUAACAGCAGACGAGAAUGCCUAUUCGAUUGCACAGUACAAUGCUUCAUUUCACCUUACCGACCGAUUGAAUGAAGUGUGGAUUGAUGUUUUAGGUUUUACCGCAGAGGGGUGUCCAGCAUGAUUGCGCAGGGAAAAAUAGACAUGGUUCCUGUCUUCUUGUCCAAGUCAUUGCCAUACCAUGUUCUUACUGAUAUAUGUGGUAUCAAAAUAAGGCAGUCCUUUUGUUUCUUUUUUUUAAUAAAUGACCUGUGCUCAA